UCCUUCACCCACAGGAAGCCAGGACACCCUCUGUCUCUAAGAUGCUGCCACUGCUGCUGCUGUCCCUGCUGUGGGCUGGCUCCCAGGCUCAGGAGACAUUCUGGCUGCAGGUGCAGGGCCCGCAGGUGGUGGAGGAAGGCCUGUGCGUCUCCGUGCCCUGCACCUUCCUCUAUCCCCAUGGUGGGAAUGACUCUUCCCCUGUGCACGGCUACUGGUUCCGGGAAGGGGCCCUGAUCUUACGGGAUGCUCCAGUGGCCACAAACAACCCCAGACGUAAAGUGCGGCAGGAGACCCAGGGCCGAUUCUACCUCCUUGGAAACCCCCGGGACUACGACUGCUCCCUGGACAUCAGAGAUGCACGGAGGAGUGACUCGGGGACAUACGUCUUUAGGGUGGAGAGAGGGCCUUAUGUGAGAUACACUUACACACAGAACCAGCUCUCCCUGCAUGUGACGGCUCUGACACGGACACCGGACAUCCACAUCCAGGGGCCCCUAGAACCUGGCCAGCCCAGGACCAUUACCUGUAGCGUGCCCUGGGCCUGUCAGAGGGGGACGGUCCCCACCUUCUCCUGGAUCGGGGACGCCCUCACCUCCCUGGGCCCCAGGACACACUUCUCGGUGCUCACCCUCGUCCCAAGGCCCCAGGACCAUGGCACCAACCUCACCUGUCGAGUGACCUUCCCUGGAGCUAAUGUGAGCACAGAGAGGACCAUCCGGCUCAGUGUGUCCAAUGCUGCAGAGACCCUGACCAUCCACGUCUUCAGGGGAAAUAGCACAGUCCCAGAGGCCCUGGGCAAUGCCACCUCUCUGCGAGCUGAGGAGGGCCAGUCGCUGCGCCUGGUCUGUGACACUGACAGCCGCUCCCCCACCAGGCUGAGCUGGACCCGGGGAAGCCUGACCCUGAUGCCCUCCUGGCCGUCGGAUCCCAGGGUCCUAGUGCUCUCCCAGCUGGUCUUGGGGGAUGGAGGAGAAUUCACCUGCCGAGCUCAGCACCUGAGGGGGGGCUCCAACCACGUCUCCCUGAACCUAAUCGUGCAGGGAAUCUCCUGUUCCUGCCCCCAGAUCUCUGAGGAGCAGCGGAACACCUGGCCCCUGGUCCUCACCCUGCUCAGAGGGGCCCUCAUGGGGGCUGGCUUCCUCCUCACCUACGGCCUCACCUGGAUCUACUACACCAGGUUCAGAGGCCCCAGAGAGGAGAAGGCUGCAGGUUGUAACUGAGCCCGCUUCCUCACGGCGGUGCUCGCGCAUGGUGGCUCAAGAUGCAUCCAACCACGGUAUCCCGAGACUCACCGUGGCACGGCUCCCAUGGGGCAAGACUCGCUGGGUGAUGUGGCCCUGCCUCCUCUCCAGAACUAAAGUCUCUUCACCUCUGGUCACCGGGAAGCUUCCUGGUGGCUCAGCAUCAAUGGCGGGAGACGGCAAGCGAGGCGAUGGAUAGAUCUUUCUCAUCAUCAAUUUGAGUUAUGUAUCCCCUAUGUAGCAUUUUCCUUCUACAUGUUCAUUUAAUGUGGUUCAGCCCCAUACUAUACUGUCAUAGAUCUCAUAAUGUUAUUUUUU